UAAAAUAUUCAGUUCAGUUCAGUUCAGUUCAGUCAAUCAGAACAGAUCCGUAGUCUACAUUAUUGCAAAGGAUAGAUGUACAAUAAAUUCAUUGUUUAAUUACUUGAAUUUUUUAUUAAUUUUUUUUUCUGAUUUUAUUUAAAAUAAGUUUUUGAAAUAAGGUGAAUUAAAAUAAUAUAGAGUUAAAAUUGAAAAACAAUGAUAAAUAUGCAAUAUUUUUUUGCCAUUGUGAACAUAACCACAACAUUAAAUGGCAGCCUUAGAGCCCAAAAACUCAAAAGCUCAAGAUAACACGGAAGGCGAAAUCAAAGAGCUACAAAAAUCCCUCCCAAAUGAAACAUGGUUUGUUUGGCCAAUGUAUCUCUAUCAAGGUUUAUGGUGCCUAAAGUAUACUCUUGAGGGUGUAAUCGCAUUUAGAACCCACUUUCAAGCUCAUGAUUCUGAUAUUAUCUUAGCUAGCUUACCCAAAACCGGUACAGCAUGGCUAAAAUCUGUCCUUUAUACCAUUGUUAAUCGAAAAGGUUUGUCAUCAAACAAUUUUUCUCAACAUCCUUUUAACUCUAAAAACCCUCAUGAGCUAGUCCUCAACUUUGAGAUGCAAGUUUACAAUAAUAAACUCGAAAAUCAUCUGAACUUAACUGAAAUUCCCUCACCUCGACUCUUUGCUAGCCACAUGCCGUAUUCAUCAUUGCCACAUUCAAUCAAGACUUCAAAAUGUCGAAUUGUGUAUGUUUGUCGAAACCCUUUUGACACUUUUGUUUCAAUAUGGCAUUUUUAUCUACGAUUUGAGGCAAGUGAGGGCAUUAAGCCCGAUAUGGAAAUGAUGGAGAAAUACGUAGAUAAGUUUUGCACGGGCGUCUCCCCAUGGGAACCUUAUGAAGAUCAUGUGUUGAGGUACUGGAAGGAGAGCAAGCAAAACCCGCAAAAGGCGUUAUUCUUGGAGUAUGAAGGGCUAAAGAAAGAGCCUAAAGAACAUUUGAAAAGGUUGGCGGAAUUUGUGGGUUGCCCGUUUUCGGAGGAGGAGGAGAAAGGAAAUGUUAUAGAUGAGAUAAUAGAACUUUGUAGCAUUAAGAGUUUGAAAGAAAUGGAGGUCAACAAGAGUGGCAAGGUUGUACCUCGAUUCGAGAACAAGGCUUUCUUUAGGAAAGGUGAGGUUGGAGAUUGGACUAAUUACUUGACUCCUACGAUGGUUGAACAAUUUGAUCAAAUGCUAGAAAAACUAAAGAUGGCUGGUUUUUGUUUUGAGUACUAUCAAAUGAACUCAAAAGAUGAAGCUCCAAAUUAAACUUAAGCGAUCUUGUUCGCCUGUUUUGUUGUUAAGCUAUAUUUUCUUUAUCGGCAUGUAAACAUAAGAUAUGGCAUUACUUAUUACAAAUCGAGUACAUGUACUUCCUUUGGAUCUUAUAACUUGCAAAGCUUUUAUUUUGCAUUAUCAACCUACUCUACUUUGAUUAUAUUUACUUCUAUCAAUUUAUAGUCUAGAAAAAAAUGUUGCUAUAUUGGAUUUCGUCAAAUCUGCCACAAUGUAUAAUAUAUCUCGAUCCAUAACUUACGAAAUACCUUUUUUUUUUCAUGGUACCAAAGUUGUUGGGUGACUAAUAAGUACCCUCCCCAA